AUGAUAUUACUUCUAUUAUUGGGAACAAUUAAUAUUAUCUAUACAAUUGAAUUAAGAUCAAAUAAAUUAAUUGAAAAUAUUUGCAAUACAUUGUAUAGCAAUGACAGUCUUUCACUCGAUGAAAAUCAACAAUGGGAACUUAUCUGUCAAGAAUUAUUCCAUUCAAAAGAUGAUGAUCAAUCUAUUAUAGAAGAACAACGUAAUACUAUGGAUGAAAAUAUUUCUCAAAACAAACAGAUGCGUAAAGCUAUAAGGGUUACAGAUGGUAUUCUUAGUGGUAAAAUUCGUGGUGGUGGAAGUCGUGGUGGAAGUCGUGGCGGUAGUGGAAUUCGCGGUGGUAGUGGAAUUCGUACGUCGCCUUCUGUCAUAAGAUAUCACAAUACUCGUACGGGAGCAACAAUAUCUCGUCCAAAUGGAUGGCUGUGGAGUCGAUCUCGAUUAGUGUUUCUUCCAUUAGCUAUACGAUAUUCUCAUCGAUCUCGUUCAUCAUCUAAUCGAUUCACAACACCAGCUACUGGCUCACAGACUUAUUAUUAUUGUACAUCAAAUAAUGAUGGUUCAGCUGAAAUUCAAUGUAGUUCUAUUAAUAGUGAUUCACAAUGUUGUGAAGAUCAAACAAGUCAACAAGUAUUUUGUUGUGGUGGUGAUAUUCCAGAUGAUUAUAUUGAAGAUAUGAAUCGAGCAACAAGAAGAGUAGCACAAAUAUUUUAUACUCUUACAGCAUUAACUUUAUGUAUGCAUUUGUUUGUGCGACGUUUCUAUCGAUGA